GAACAGUCAUUGUACUAGUCUGAGAUAUUGAUCAAAAUAGAGGUAGUAGUGUGGCAUAUUUACCCUAGUGACAGUUAUGAUCUAACAACGCCUGUUGUAUAGUAAAGUAACAACUGUACCGUUCUAAAGUUACACCGCUGAAUUGUUCAUUCAUUUAGAUAAUGGAGAAGAUUAAGUGUUGACCUAUUAAGUCUCUCGGAGUUAGCGUGAUAAGUGGUCGAACUGUAUUGUUCGAAUAUUCUUCUUGAGUUAUGUGGUUCACGCGUGGCACUGGGUGGCUAAUGUUGUCGUCGAAGAGCAAGUGCAUGAGUGAUGUCCAUCUCCCGUUAUUUAAUGGAUUGCAUAUUAUUUUUCGUUUCUCUUAGAAAAGAUGGGGACUGGCUCAAGUCGAUCUCGAGAGGCAGUCAAAACCCCAGAUAUUCAGAAGGCUCCCGAACCGAAUACUCAAGAAAUUCUCAGAGUACCGCAAGUUGAACAGCAAGAUCCCAGGGUGACGGAAGAGGUGGAAGAGGUUGUUUCCGUUUCCGAGAAUGAAGUGAUUGAAAGAACUCGAGAUUUAACUCAGUCAGUGCCAAAUGAUGAUUUGUCCUUAGACAUCGAUAGCAUUUUUUCUAAUAUGAACUCCGUAGUUUCGGAUAGAACGAAAAUUGGCCAAAUAAAUGAUGUUGGUCUCGGCAAUGGACUCGAUCUCAGAGAAGAGAUAAAACCGUCAGUUUUGCCUCCCGUCGAGAUAACCAGGUUGACGAAUAGGACUAGCAAUGCUUUCGAUGGAAAUGUGAAAACUGUACACGAUUUACAAGCCGAAACCCAGAAUGAUUGGAAUUACAGAAAGGAAUCUCUCGAUGGAUUUGAUCCUUCCAAAUUCAAGAUUGUUAAUAAACAAAGAAAAACAAACAAUGUACAAAAGAUAACAGGAGGAAACUUUUCUACUGAAGAAGAACCUUCUCUUGUAUGGAGAUUGGGAUUGGCUAGUCCGGCGGACGCAUAUUCUUCUCUAAAUAAUGCUCCUCAAAAAUUCGUAGAAACCCGGACACAACUUCCCAAACCUCCGAGUUACGAUCCGACGGAAGAACAACUAAUGGCCAUGAUUGAAAAGGAAUACGCAUAAUUGUUUUUUCUCGAGCGGAAAUGAUUUAUAUUAUUAGAUUUUUUGACUUAAAACGAAAAAGUCUUGUCAAAAAAAUAUUUGGUAUGAAUCUGUGUCGUCUACUCAAUAGAAGAGAAUUAUUUUUCUCUGUUUCUUGAUAUUAAUAAAUUUUAUAAAUCGAGUUAUUUAAAUUAUUGAUCUUACUACAGAGCAAAGAUUUAGAAAAUAAUUAAAUAUUAAACCAUUUCGCUGGAAAAUGUAGUUGGUCUAUUCCUUCAGUGAAGGAGCUUCCCUAUUCGAUUAGUUAUAUCUUCCAACUUUUGAAAUGCGUUGUUUAACUAUCUUCUUAACCGACUGUUGAUUUCUCUAUACAAAAAAAUUUUCUUUUAUUUUAUGAAUUAUUAAAU